AUGCCUAAUGGAGCCAGUGAGGAGCUGGUUGCACUAGCCAGGCAAAGUGACCUUCCCAUCAGAAAGGUGGAGACCUGGGUCAGGCACUGGCAGGCCCAGGAUCACCCCAGGUUGAUGAAGAAAUUCCGUGAGGCCAGUUGGAGAUUUACAUUGUAUUUUACCUCAUUCUUCUCUGGACUGGCUCUUCUCCAUGAUGAACUCUGGUUUUGGGACCACACCAUGUGCUGGCUGAAAUUUCCACAACAGCCUCUAUCACCCAUAUUGGGCUGGUUCUACCUCCUGGAGCUCUCCUACUGCUCCCUGAUGGCCACCCUGCCUUUUGAUAUGAAGAGGAGGGACUUUAAGGAACAGAUUGUCCACCACAUCGCCACCAUCACUCUGAUCUUUGUCUCCUACUGUGCCAAUAUGAUAUGGUUUGGGAUGAUAGUCAUGCUGGUCCAUGUUGCCUCUGAUUAUAUUUUAGAGCUUGCCAAGAUACUCCAUUACCUGAAAUGAAGGGUCUGUGAAGCAGUAUUCAAUGUUUUUGUUGUGGUUUUCAUCAUCUCCUGGCUUGUCAUUUUCCCAUUAAUUGUAUAUUAUUACUUCAUUACAAAAGUUUCAUUGUUCCUCAUAAGCUGUCUCAUAAAUUCUUUCCUGGUGAUCCUGCAGUUGUUACACAUUUUCUGGUCCUAUGUGAUCAUUUGAUCUUCAAUGUCAUCCUCUGUGAUGAGGUAUGAAAAGUCUUUACAAGAUGUCAGAAGUGACACCAAAGAGAGUGACAAGAGCAGAGAGGAUCUGGCAAAGAACAAAGAAAAACACAGGGCUUGCUGCAAAACACCAGGAUCCAGGCAGUCUUUGGAAUGCAGGAAGGCUGAACAGGAGCUGGGGGAGAGGCUGGACAGGGCUCCACUGCAGUGUGCCUGA